AUGCUCCAGCCCGACCCUGCACGAAGCUUACCGCACCCUUUGAUCCUUUUGCACGCGCCUGUCAGGGCGACGGCGAGGAACCGAAAGUUGGUCGUCGAUGGCGCUUUUGCUUCCGUGCCUGGUUCCUCAUGCCGUCACCUGGGCGAGGGCAGGGCCAUGAGUCCAAGCCAUGGUUUCAAAUGCCCAAGUUCAAACGCCGGUGUCAACAAUGACCCUCCACCAAUCACACGUCGACAUCGUCCCGCCAUGUCACGACAUCAGCACCCGCUGAAGUCCGUGGCCGCCCAUGCUUCUCCGGCAGGAAGCAGCAGCGCCGGCGCCGAUGCUCGCAACACCCUCGCCUACGACCAGCUCACGCCCGGUACCGACUUCCCCACGGGCCAGCUGACGGGCAGCCUCAAGCUGCUCUACACGCCCAAGCCAGAGGAAGAUGAACUCCACUUGGAUUUUGCAAUCAAGGUCAAGCUGGCCGCAUCCUCGGACUAUGUCCAGUCCAAGCAGCACCGGCGCACCAUCAUGGUCCGCUUUAUCCUUCUUCCUUCCCCGUCUGACGAUGCCGCCCUCGUUGCCCAAGCCAGAGACGCAAACUAUGAUCUCCUCAAGCGCAGCCUAGGAUCGACGCUCACUGUCGACUGCGCCGGCGCCAAGGUCCUCGGGCGAGGCGAGAUGGGCGACCGCACACCUGUGGUCAAGAUUCGGGCGACCGGCAGUAGGGUCGUAACUGUUGACGGAAUCCGUCAUGAAUUUCUCAAAUGCGAACGUCCGAAGCCCUCUUCCAGAUCGCGCGCAGACGACUGGUUCUCUCCGUCGCCUGCACCAAGUGUACCGAGUGCUCCGCCAAUGCACCCGACGACCGCCGCCCAGACAGAGUUGACGCGAGGUGACGUAACCCGUCAUGGCGGCGCUGUUCCUGCGAUGCGUCCACUUUCGGCAGUCCCCCAGUUUACAAUUAGGAGUGAGAUUAAGGCUGUCCACGCUGCUGGGCAUGCAUCCGCAUCCACUUCCGCACCGCGCGGAAGUGAGCGGCGCUCGCCUUUGCGGCCGCUCCCCGCCCCGGCUCCGACUCCGGCUCCGGCGCUAGCAGCAGGGGAAGCUGCUGUGGAUACGUCUGCGUCCAUUCACACUGUGGCCCAGAAUACCACGGACACUGUUCGGGACCCUCGCACUACAGUCAACCUGUCGUCCCACGGUCCCGGCUCUGUGGCACCACCUCAUGCUCCGGCGUCUCCGCCGUUCAGGCCGCUCCUCCCGUCGCCGAGCACUGUGCUGUCCUCCCGCCCCGAGACGGUUGAUACGCCUCCCAGCAGCAUGGAACUCGCCAAGGGCGAGAGCGGCAAGGCCAAGCUUAACCUUGAUCCGGCGGCGGGAGAAAGUGUCACCAGGGCGAGUACCAGGGAAGGACAACUUGGGUGGAGCUCGCCAGGAACGCGGCCGACCGAAAUGAGCGAAAACAGCGAAAUUGAGGACAGCUAUUUCCCCGAUAAGCAACUCUCGGCUAUAGAGAUGGAGGCUAAGCGGCGUACUCUGCUUGCUGCUGCAUCUGCUGCAGGAGGUGCGGAAGGUGCGGAGGUGCAGACUGAGCGCGGUGUCUCGGACUCCACCGCGGCCAUCGCUCGCCGCCCUGAUGCAGCUGCAGCAGCACAGGUAGAGUCUCGGAGUGUGGCGCCUGCACCUGCACUCCAGCAGCGGGUACGUCUCCGACCGACAGAUGGCGCCAUACUGCAUGAGCCACAUCCGCAGCGCGCGAAGCGUCCACGCGACGACGAGGAGUCACCUGCCCACGCCGGACAGAAGAAGACUCGUAUCGACCACGGGGAACAGCACCAUGUGCAGCCAGCUGCUCCUUUGGAUCCGCGUCGCGAGGCGGAGACGAGGGCGGCGGCAGAGGCCAGCGCACUUCGCAUGCGCCAGGCACAGCUCCGGGAGGCGGAGGCGGCGCUGGCCCAGCGGCGCGCAGAUGCCGAGGUGCUUCACCGCGGCCUGCAAGUGCAUUUGUCAGCUGACUUCCAGGGCCGAUCGAUUCCCAGAACAUAUGUGACGCUGCGUGAGGCGGCGUCGCGCUCGUCCGCCAACGUUGCCGCCGUCAUCGUCGACGUCAAGGGCAUGCGAAUCACCCCAACAGGAGACCGAAGCCUAACGGUCGUGAUUGCCGACCCUUCGUCGCACACGCAGGGCAAUGCGUCGGAGGACAUGGUCGUCACGCUGUUCCGCAAGACGGAGGCGCCGCUGCAUCUCCUGAGCGCCGGCAUGCCGAUUCUCUUCCGGGCACUCAAGGACGUCGAGCUGGGCUCGAUCAAGGAGGCUCAGUACUUCCAACUGACGGGCAAGCUGAACACACGUGGCGGCAAUUUCCCAAAGUACGAGCUGUACAUUGCCGACGGGACCGUGUCGGGCGACGAGGUGCGCGACUUCCACGGCGUCGGAACGCGAUACCCCUGGCUCCCCCGCGGCUCCAUCUUCACGCUCGCCGUGCAGAACGACCCCGUCGGGCCCGCCUUUGCGCCGGGCCAGAUCGUGCGCUUCCCCAACGUCCGCGUGAAGCGGUAUGCGGGGCAGCUCGAGCUCAUUUGGUCCGACAAGGUCACGCUGCAGCAGGAGCGGGACGGGUGGAAGUCGCGCCGCCACUUCCUCGUGCCGGCUGGUGAUGAGCGGGCAGAUUGGAAGAAGGGAAAAGUGCCCGACGGCCAAGCCGACCCGCGGUACAUGCCUCAGUACGAGCCAGAGGAAGUCAAGCGCGAGCCCGAACGCGAACCAGAGCGCGUGAUCGCUACACACCUGAAGACGACCCACACCGAUCCGAUCCUGCACCAGCCCAGUCCCUCGCUGAAGAACUUGAGGGAGAAUCUGACCGUGCCGAACCGAUAUCGGAUCCUGGUCCGUGUGCGCGAACUCGUCGGCCGGGGCGCAAGGGGCAGCAAGGCCGAUGACCUCGCCGUGCUCUGGUGUCGCAAGUGCAGUCGCGCUAUUCCGGAUACGUACUGCAAGAGCUGCGAGGAUACGGGCUACAGACACGCCGAGGUGCGGUGGCAGUUUGUGCUCCUGCUCGAGGACGAGGUGGGCGGGCAGCUCGUGGUCGUCAUGAGUGACCCACAAGCAUCCCGUAUCCUACCGCCCCUACCCUCCCUCGCCCACGAGUCCAGCUCGGGGAUAGGCAAACUGCGCGCGACUGCCAUUCCAGCCCUAAGACCAAAGGUCGAGAAUAUCCUCCAAGGGGCCAUGUUUGAUGGCGCGCGCACGCGGCCGUGGAUCGACAUGACGCUUGAGAGCUAUGUCGUCAAUGUGCAGGAGGGAGAGGUCGUUGCGUGGCGCGUGUUUGGGAUGGAGACGGUGUAG